AUGGGUAGUAGAGAUCAAGAGGAGUUCGAGAGAGAAUACCAAGAAAAGCAAUUUCAAAAUCGAGGAGGAAAUAAUAAGUUUCAAAGGAUGGACAACCAGCCAAAAGGCUAUGGAGGACAACAACCAAUUUACAAUCGACGUCAAGGAACAUGUAAAGUGGUUUGGGAGCAGAUAAAGAUGCCACAUCUAAAUACCUCAAUAGAAAAAAUCUGGGAAGUUGUAAUAUUAAUGGAAGACAUUCUAGAACCGCAUAAUGUGGGAGAUGAACCACCACCAGGAAGAAGAAGUAGAGAAUUAUGUGCAUAUCAUCGCUUCCAUGGUCACACAACAAACAACUGUCGAAAUGUGAAGAAAAUCAUACUGCGAAUGAUUGAUCAGGAAAAACUAAAUCAUUUCUUGGUGCAACAACCACAGAAUAUACCACCAUCACCAUCAGAAGGGCAUACGCAAGCUUCAGAGAAAGGAAGGAAUACAUACUUAAUUGAAUAUCGAGUUCAUGCGAGAGAUACUGAUGGACGAGAAAUACUUAAUCUUGCGAAAGUGUCACCCUUGAAAGAUUGGCAAAAACAACCGAUUUCGUUAAAUGCGAAAGAGGUGCCAGUAGGAGGAGAACCACAUGAAUGCCCAUUGGUGGUGAAAUUCGGAAUAAAUCCAAAAGUGAAAGAUAAUGAAGAUGAAGAGGAUGAUGCAAAUACCUGGGAUAUAAAUAGAAUAUUAAUAGAUCCUGGAAGUUCAGUAGAUAUUCUAUUUUAUCAUACAUACAAUACUAUGGGUGGUAGAGAUGAAGAAUUAAUUCCGUCAACAUAUAAGAUUUAUGGUUUCAAUGGUUCAACCAAUAAACCAAAAGGAGAUAUCACAAUGCGAAUUCCUUUGAAGAGCGUGUCAUCGGAAAUCAUAUUCUGCGUAGUUGACGUAGAAUCACCCUAUAAUGCUUUGAUCGGAAGACCAUGGCUACAUAGCCUUCUAGCAGUCGCUUCAACUUUCCAUCAGUGCACCAAAUUUCCUAUGCCCCAAGGUAUUGGAAUCAUAAAAGGAGAUCCGAUUGAAAGUAAAACUUGUCAGGAGAUUGAUGUUGACAAAUGUGAAGAACGUGCAAGCAAGCGAAGAAACUGA